GGGUAAUCGGCAUUCGGCACUGUAUACUUGAUUUAGGCGUGCUGCCACAGUCUACUAUAAUCCUACUGAAAUGAGGUAUAUUCAUGAUAUUUCCGGUGGAGAUGUCAUGCGGAGAUGAAGGGAUGAAGAUGCAACCGGAUGUCCAUCCGCCCUUGUUUGCCUCGCCAGCCUGGCUUCACCCGAUGAGAAAAGAAAUACGCAAACGGCAUGCAAAUAAGAAAAUAAAAAUAAACUGUAAGGAAAGUAAUUAUUUCUUUAUUUGAAUAAUUAUUUAUCCAUGCCUUGCUGUUCUGCCUGGAAUUCGCAUAUAUAUCAAUGCGUCAUCCCCCGUUUCUAUCCAUCAACCAGACAGCAUUCUGCACUCGAUCAUCAUGAAGCCUCAACUUCUUCAAGCUCUUUCUCUUCUUCUAAUUCCCUCUGUCUAUGGAGCUCCCGCAUCCAGAAGCAAUGAGGGAAAUCCUCCCCUUCGAGGCCCUCAGAGCCUAAUCGGUUACUCGGAGUCCAACACCAUCACGGAUAAAUCCACCGACGAGGGAAUUAAAUAUACACUCGUCCCGGGCCAGAAGGAUGAUGCAGAUGAUGGAAUUUAUUUUGAUUUCGAGACUGCUGAUAACCCUCAACUGAUUCGGGGGAGUACGGGUGGGACUGAUCCUGGUCCGAGAAAUGAAUAUUAUGAUCGCAUUAACAGUGACAAAUUGGCCCCUCCGGGAACUGACGAGGGACAGACGAUCAAUGCGCAGUGGCCGAUGGGGUUGAGUCACAACAGACUUGGAAAGGAUGGCUCCGGAUGGGCUCGACAGGAAAACACCGUCGUGAUGCCGGAUGCCACUCGGAUGGCUGGUGUUGAUAUGCGCCUGGAGGCAGGAGGCUAUCGUGAACUGCACUGGCAUGUUGCGGCUGAAUGGUCGUUGGUGUUGAAUGGAUCGUGUCGGAUUCAGGCUGUCAAUGAGAAUGGAGAGACCUUUGUGGAUGAUGUUUCCGAGGGCGAUGUUUGGUUCUUCCCUCCGGGCAUUCCGCACUCCAUCCAAGCACUGGAUACUGGAGUAGAGUUUCUUCUCGUCUUUGACGAUGGCUCUUUCUCAGAAGACAACACCUUUCUUGCUUCUGAAGUCUUUGCCCACCAACCGAAAGAAGUCCUAGCCAAAGACCUCGGCGUCCCCGUGGCAGCCUUUGACGACAUUCCCGAAGACGAAUUAUACAUCUUCCCCGGCACUCCGGCCCCCAAAGACAUCCAGGAACAAAACGUCACCACCUCUUCCGGCCAGAUCAAAGGCUACUCGUACCACUUCUCCGAACAGCCUGCCCAUGAAGUCGCAGGAGGAUCCGUCAAGAUCAUCGACCCGGUGUCUUUCCCUGUGGCAAACAACUUCUCUGCUGCUGUUGUUACGGUUAAGCCUGGUGGCAUGCGUGAGAUCCACUGGCACCCGACGAGUGAUGAGUGGACGUUCUUCAUCAAGGGUGCUGGACGAGCGACGCUCUUCUCGGCGCCGAGUACGGCGACGACGUUUGACUAUCGUGCGGGUGAUGUGGGAUACUUUCCGCAGUCGAAUAGUCACUAUAUUGAGAACACGGGCGAUGGGGACCUGGUGUUUUUGGAGGUGUUGCAGGCGGAUAAAUUUACUGACGUCGCCCUCGGUCAAUGGAUCGCUUCUAACCCGCGACAGAUCGUACAGGAUACGUUGAACCUGAGCAACAAGACCAUCUCCAGCCUCAAGACGGAGAAACAAUAUGUUGUGGCUGGAUCGAGCCCGACUUCGAUUGAGAAUUGAUUGAUCAUCCAUAUUCAGUCGUGAAGAGGCCAUACAAUCAUUUUAGUAGUGAUUAGCAGCAGAAGGCAAUAUGUAAAUACUAGUGCGCAGUGAAUUAGAUGAGGUGAAUCUACCAGCACCAGUACCUCGUAGUGUUAUCGACUUAGAUAUACAGAGUGGAAAAACCAGCUUCUGAAAUCUGUAAACCC